AUGCUGCAGCCAGAGAGCUCCUGGGUCUCCGAGGAGGGGACUGCCACUGGGUCCCGGCGCGGUGACUGCAUCAUCUGCUACUCAGCCUACGACCUGGCCGGGCACCUGCCGCGCCGCCUCUACUGCGGCCACACCUUCUGCCAGGCGUGCGUGCGGCGGCUGGACACGGUGGCCCACGAGCAGCGCUGGGUCCCCUGCCCGCAGUGCCGCCAGAGCACACCCACGCCCCGUGGAGGGGUGGCCAUGCUGGACCUCGACCUGGCCGCCUUCCUGGCUGUCAGGGCUGAGCGGGAGCCGCCUCGCAUGGAGCCCCAGCGUCCCGCGCCCCCCAAAGGCAGCACCGCUGUCACUCAGCAGCCAGCCAGGCUCCGCCCCACCCUGGGCACCCAGCCCCACUUCCCCCAGCCCAGACGCUGCUGCAGCUGCGGCCUCUGCUGGGACACCCUGGACAGUCCCCAGGUCUGAGUUCCAGCGGCUGCCACCGCCCGCCGAGGACCUGCUGUCCACGGCGUGCUUGUCGUGGAACCUCCGACUGCCGCACAACCAGCCCGGAAUGGCCUGGGGCCCCACACGGACACCCCCAGACCGCAGCCUAAGUGUGGGGGCUGUGCCCAUGGUACCGUGAGGCUCUUUGAGAAGCCGGUUACCUCUUUCCCGUCUUGGCCAGGAUUCCAGGGCUUCAAGCCGGCCUGACUGUGUGCGUGGUGAGGGCUGCUGCGCUCAGAGUCUCCUGCAAGCCCAACCCAGGCCUGGACUCAGCUCAGAGGACGCCUCCACGGGUCUCUGGCUAAAAAAGUCCCACAGGUGGGAGCCAGAGCAGAGAGCCACCUCCUUCAGCCCUGUCUUGCAAAGCAUCCCUGUGAAGUUCAUUUAUUCAACAAAGCUCACUGAGC